AUGGAGCUCCCGCGCCGGCGGCCGGAGCCGGCGGCGAUCGACAUCACCUGGGUGUCGUGCCGCGGCGUGAGGUCGUCGCUCCCGUUCCACACGCCCUGCCUUUACGCGUCCAUCUUCGUCACCCCGUCGUCCGCCAGGGGCGUCCACGGCCCCCGCCGGCCACACCGCGUCAAGACGCCCACGGACCGCGCCGGCGGCGUGAACCCCGAGUGGGACGCGCCCCUGCGGCUCUACCUCCCUGAGGCCUCGCCGUCGCCAUUGCCGGCGGAGGUGGAGGCGGCGGGAAAGAGCAGCAACAAGGACACUGGCGACGGCGACGACGACGACGACGACGUCCUUCUGCUGCGGUUCGAGCUCAAGGCGGAGGUGGCCGUCCUCGGGGACAAGCUGGCCGCGUCCGCCGCGGUGCCGGUCCGCGACCUCGUCGCCGACGGGCGGACGCGCCGCGUGUCGUACCAGCUCGCGGGCCCCGACGUCAGGCAGCCCAACGGCGUCAUCUCCUUCUCCUACGCCUUCCACGACAGGAACGGCGGCGGCGACGGCCACAGCAGCGACGGCGAGCUCGCCGUCACGCCGCUCUACCCGACGGCGUCGUCCACCAGUCCCGUCGCGCACCCACGACCGCCCACGACCGCGGCGCCGCGGCUGUACCCGGCGAUAGAGUGGCCACUGGCAGAUCAAACUUUACCAAUGAUUUACCCACCGCCGGUGUCAGCAGAAGCCGUCGCGCGGUACUACCCUCCUCCACCGUCCACGACUCCGGUGGAGCCGGUUGCGGUCUACCCGCCGCCGCCGUUGGCAGGGUCGUCGGCCGCCUGCAGCGUGUACCCGCCAGUUGUGGACGCGGUGCCGGCCAGCGGUAUGUAUCCGACGGUGGACCUUGCUCCGGUGAGCUGCUACCCGCCGGCGGCGCCGGCACUGUACGGCGUGGGAUGCGGGUACGCGGCUGCGCCGGGAUGGGAUGAUCGGUGCCUGUACGGCUGA